AUGUCUGACAACGUUGGUCUCAACACCCCCCGAGGUAGUGGCACCUCGGGCUACGUUCAACGCAACCUUGCUCAGAUCAAGCCUCGCGACUACGGCGCUCCUUAUCCCAAAGACCUCGAUAGCUUUCGACACAAACAACGGCAGCCAGACAAGGGGAUCCUGGAGCAUGACCGCAAGCGCGAGGUCGAAGUUAAGGUCUUUGACUUGAGGGACAAGCUUGAAGAAGAAGAGGUUGACGAAGACGAGAUCGAUAGGCGAUGCGACGAGCUCCGACAAAAACUCCUCGCCGAGAUGAAUUCUGGGAGGAGAGGCGGCCAAAGAAAGACAUUUAAGCAACACCAGGUCCACGAGAUGGCCGAUGCCAAGAUCAAGGAGAGCGAACGACUACGGAAAGCAUUGAAGAUUAGCGCAGACUAUGAAGAGGGAGGUCAUUGGAAGCGCCAAGAAGAGAGGCUGCGCAAUGCUUUGGAGAAGGAAGAGGAGAAGGAUGAAGGUGACGAUAGGAAAAGUGAGCCGAGAGACUAG